UGCUGGUGCUGCUGCUGCUGCUACUAGCACUGGAGAGGUAAAAGGGGUUGGGUUGUCGGCAACAGAAAUCCAAGUCCAUCUGUGAGCAUUGUCGAACAAGCGACGAGAUAUUGAGGCGGUGUGCCCCAGUCACAGUGCGAGGAUGCUGAAUAUGUGGAAAGUCAGGGAGCUUGUGGAUAAAGCCACCAAUGUGGUGAUGAACUACUCGGAGAUCGAGUCGAAGGUUCGCGAAGCCACUAAUGACGAUCCCUGGGGACCCUCUGGACAGCUUAUGGGAGAGAUUGCCAAAGCCACCUUUAUGUACGAGCAGUUCCCCGAGGUCAUGAACAUGCUGUGGACCAGAAUGCUAAAAGACAACAAGAAAAACUGGAGAAGAGUUUACAAGGCCUUACUUCUACUAGCGUACCUCAUCAGAAACGGCUCCGAGCGAGUAGUCACCAGCGCCAGGGAACACAUAUACGACCUCCGCUCACUAGAAAACUACCACUUUGUCGACGAGAACGGUAAGGACCAGGGCAUCAACGUGCGGCAGAAGGUGAAGGAGAUGGUGGAGUUUGUGCAGGACGACGACCGUCUGCGGGAGGAGAGGAAGAAAGCCAAGAAGAACAAGGACAAGUACAUCGGGGUGUCGUCAGACAGCAUGGGCGGGGGAGGAGGAGGAGGAGGAAAUGGAGGAGGUGGAAAUGGAGGCAGCUUCAAAGCGGGAGAGCGCAGCCUGGACGGCGACAAGGGGAAGUGGGAAGAGGAGUGGGACAAGAGCAAAGGGGGAUUCCCCUUCAGCGAGAAGCUCGGGGAGAUCAGCGACAAGAUCGGCAGCACCAUCGACGACACCAUCAACAAGUUCCGCAAGAAAGAUCGUGACGACUCGCCUGACAGAAUCAGUGACAACGAGGAAGACAGAGUAUCCCAGAAUGGCCCGCCCUCCAAGUCGGAGUUCAAGGAUGAGGAGGACGCGGAGACGAGCAAGAGCACUCCAACCAACGCGGCAGCGGAGACCGCGGCGGCGGCCAACGCCUCGGCGCGCAAGCGCGGUGGCAUCCCCUCCAAGACGGUGGACCUGGGAGCCGCAGCACACUACACAGGCGAUAAGAGCAGCCCGGACGCAGACAACGCUAAGACAUCCAUCAGCCAGUCAUCAAGCAGUGGCCUUGCAGACCUGUUAAUGGUGGAGCCGGUCCAGGCAGCAGCCUCUGCAGGUGGAGGUUCAGAUCUAAUCGGGGGCUUCGCUGAUUUCUCCUCCCCAGCUGCCUCCGCUAGCCUCCCUUCCAAAGCUGGCUCUGGAGCCAGUGCCACCGGGGAGUUUGGCGAGUGGAACGCCUUCACCACCACCAGUCCGCCUGCUUCCACGGCAACCGUGUCGGCCACUGCCGCGCCCCAAACAGUAACGGACCUCUUCGGGGACGUCCAGGCGCCACCCUCUCAGGCCCCCUCCGCCUCCUCCCAGCCACCCUCCGCAGACCUCUUCGACCUCAUGGGGCCCAACCACGCCACCCUCAGCGCCUCCCAGAGCAUGGGCUUCAGCAUGUGUGCCAACCAGAACAUGCCCCUGUCCAGAUCACAGACGUUGGGCGGCCCCAUGCACGGUUUAGGAGGUCCCAUGAUGCCUCAGCAGAUGGGCAUGCAGAAGCCGGGCCCCAAGGGCUCCCUGCCGGCCACGUGGUCCGACCCCAGCGUCAACAUCAGCCUCGACUUCCUGUCGGCUGGCAUGCAGGCCAACAAGCCAUCGCAGCCCACCCUCAACACCAUGCUCCAACAACAGGGACCAAUCCCCGGCAUCCAGCCCCCUGUUAACAUGAUGGCCCAGAGUUUUGCCGGCAUGAACCUCAGCUCUCCGCCAGCAGGAGCAGCAGCAGCAGCACCGGCAGUCCCAGUGUCCCCCAGACCACCCAUGAUGGUGUCGGGCGGCCAGGUGGGCAUGGGAGUACCCCCCGUCAUGGCAACGGGCACCAUGGGAACUGGCGCUAUGGGGCUCGGGGGAAUGGGCGUCGGAGGCGUGGGCGUCAAUCAGGGAAUGCUUGGCAUGAACAUGAACAUGGGUAUGGGUGCCCCAGCUGGUAUGGGUUUGGCCGGGGGCAGCGUGGGCAUGCCUGUUAUGGGCAUGGGGUUGGGCCAGGGGAUGGUUAACCCUGGCAUGGUGCCACCCAAACAAGAUGCCUUUGCAAACUUCGGCAACUUUGGGAAAUGAACAUGCGACUGAGGAGGAAGAAAGACUUCUGGGAUGGGAUGGACGGGACGUUUGCAAGACUGGAAAACAACGUAUUGGGUCGGGUGAAAAAAAAGCUGCCUAUCACACAUGGACAAACUGGAAAUAAUUAAACAAGCAAGGAGAGGGGAUUGGUCAGUCACUUCUGACACACACACAACACACACCAGUUCUCUGUCACACUCUUUCUCUUUGGCGUCUUAACCUGGAGGUGAGGAUGAGAAUGAAAUAGUUUCAAAAUAA